AUGGCAGGAUUAAUGGAUAAUCAAGCAGCAUUGGAUUUAUUAUUAACAGAAUUUUUUCAUGCACCAUAUUAUAUGUCAUCGUCGGCUCGUACACAAGAGAUACGAGAGAGAGCUAUAGAUUUAAACACACUUUUAAACGUUUAUUCACAAGCAACUUACGUUAAUGAUGAUUUUGAUGCCGAAGACUUUCGUAAAUGGUGGAAAUCUAGACAUCAUAAGGACUUUAGGGGAGCAAAAAAUAAUCGACCAAUUUCAUUUUUAAUAAUUUAUUCUUUAUAUAACGAAUGGAAAGAGCAUGGUGUACCAACGAGUAGAAGUAUAUGUGAGAAAUGUAAUGAAAGAAAUUUAAGUGAAAAUUUUUGCCUAACUUGCGUUGAAAGUGGUAGUAAGAGUGUUUGUCCAAAAUGUUAUCCAAAUCUUGAAAUACCUUUACAAAAAUUUUGUAUCGGACAUUGGUUACAAAAAGAUGAAUGGACAUCUAAUAAUAAAUUAUUAGAUGAGUGCAUUCGUGCCACUCAGAUUAAACAAGAGUCGGAUCAAAUUUAUGGGGAAGUUUCCGUACCACAAUUUGUUCGCCGUCAUAGAAAUCAUUCCGGAAGGUCGUCUUCGUCAAGGGAUAGUGAAGCAAAAUCUCAAUCAAAUCAAUAUUUCAGAGAAGGAGAAAAGCAAGUUGCGUUGAAAAGGUUAUUUAAUUCUGACAAGGACGUUACCACAUUAAUACGAGAGUUUAACGUGGAAAUCAAGAUUGGAAACGCUCUUGGAAAUAAUUGA